AUGAGAAUUUAUGUCAUCGGAAGAUUUACCCCCAUAUGUCUUAGCAGCAUCCAUGAUGUUUGCAAGCUGAUGAGUGUGUGCGUGAUCUUAAAUGUUAAUGAAGCGUGUUUAGGAGAAGGAUUUGUUAAUUCAAAAUGCAUGGAUGAAUGGUUUGACUUUAGUCUGAAGGUAAAUAUUAAUUCUCUGUUUUGUAGUAGUGUGGACUUUGUGCAAGAGACGUCCCUGAAAAUGGAAAACAACGCAACCAUAGAAAUUCUGAAAUCUACCAGACCAUCCAUCCUUAAAGAAGAGGCAAUCGCAGAAAGAAAAUGGGUGAAGCUUGAACAGACGACCUACGUUGAUCCCUCAGGUAAAACCAGAAUUUGGGAAACUGUAAAGCGUACUACCAAGAAAGAGGACAGUUCAGCUGAUGGUGUAUCAGUUAUACCUGUGCUACAAAGAACUCUCCACUAUGAUUGCAUUGUCCUAGUGAAACAAUUCAGGCCUCCAAUGGGAGGGUAUUGCUUGGAAUUCCCUGCAGCUGUUUGCUUGGACCCUGGUUUGACAAACUGCACAACGCACAUUGUGACUGUCACCAUUAAUGGAGAUGAUGCUUGUAAUACAAGACCCAUGCAAAAGCCUGAGGAAGGAGAAUUUGUGGAAGUUGUUUCACUACCAAAGAAUGAUCUACUGCAGAGAAUUGAAGAGCUAGUGGCAGAAGACCAUGUUUUAGUGGAUGCCAGAGUUUACGCCUAUGCAUUAGCACUGAAACAUGCAACACAAAAACCCCUCCAAGUGCCUUUUAUGAAGUUCUAA